AUGAAUUACAUCGAGUGUAUUGAGAAAAACAAAGAAUAUUGCGAAGCUUUUGACAGCAUUUAUAAGCUCAGCACAAACGAUACCAAUGAAAUCAAUGCUAUUUUCGACAAAAUAAAAAAGAUUUUGAUUUCUUCAAAUUACUUUUCGCCAGCACACAUAUUGAUUCAUAUUCAAAAUGCAGCCCUGCAUCGUAACCGUUUUUUCAGAGGGUAUUGGAUGCUUUUUAAAAAGAUUUUGGACGAAUUUCAACCAACAAAAAUCAAGAACAUUUCGUUAGGAUUUGAUUACAUAAUAUACCAAGAAUACCAUAAAUUUUUUAAUCCUGAGCAUCAAAGAGUCAUCAAAACAAACUUCAGAUUUCCAAUUGAUGUCCAUGAAGAUAAUAAUAAUAUUUACAAAGUCAUCAUGAAUGAUGACAAAGAAAAUUUCAUCUUUUUCAUAGAACAGGAUGAAUUUGAUGAAUAUAUGCAACUAACAAGUUAUUCGUAUCCUUAUCAAAACUCAAGAUUUCUAGGAUAUUCAUUAGUUGAAUUAUGUUGUUAUCAUGGAGCAGUCAAUUGCUUCAAACUUUUAUUGACAAAAUUCAAACCAGAAAUCACUCCAAUAUGUCUUCAAUUUUCUUUUCUGAGUGGAAAUCAAGAAAUCAUGAGCGAGUGCUUGAAACACCAAAAGCCUGAUGCCAAAUGCAUGGAAUACGCAAUAAUAUCUCACAACAUAGAUUUUGUUUCUUUUUUAGUUGAUGAAUACAAAUUAAAAAUCAAUGUUGAAGAUUGCGUCAAAUAUAAUAAUCUUCAAGCAUUUCUCGUUUACUUAGAUCGAACAAAUGAUAUUAAUGGAUGCUUAACUCAUUCAUACUAUUUUAAUAUCCCAUCUGUUUGCGAAACACUUAUCUUAGCUGGUGCAGAUGUGAAUAUCUCGGAUAAGAAAAGAAAUAUAGCACUCCAUUAUGCAAUAAAGAGAAAUUGGAAAGAAACGGAAAAUUUACUUAUUUUACAUGGAGCUGAUAUAAAUAAAAACGGUAGAUAUGAUAGAAGUAUUCUUCAUGUUGCAGUAAAGGCAGAUAGAUUUGAUAUAGUCAAUAUAUUAAUGAAAAAUGGAGCAGAUAUCAUGAAAAUAAAAGAUGAGCAUGGGGAGACUGUUCUUCACUAUGCUGGAAAAUAUAACAAGAAGGAACUUGUUGAAUUCUUUAUUUUACAUGGUGCAAAUAUCAAUGCAAAGCAGCACUUUGGUAAGACUGUGCUUCAUUUCAUUGGUGAAAAUAACAAUGUUGAAAUUGGGAAAAUAUUAAUUUCCCAUGAUGCUGAUGUCAAUGCAAAAGAUAAUUAUGAACGCACAGCAUUGUAUUACGCAACAUUAAAAGGCAAUAAAGAAAUUGCAGAUCUACUUAUUUUACAUAAUGCUGAUGUCAAUGUAAUAGAUAAAUUUGAAAAGUUCACUCCACUUAUUAAUGCUGUCAAUAAAAAUAUGAAUGAAACAGUUGAACUUCUCAUUUCACAUGGUGCUGAUAUUAAUUUCAAAGACGAAUUUUAUAAUGAUGCACUUCGUCUUUGA